AGAAGAAGCAGCAGCAGUGCAGACACGUGUGGUCCCCGUGUGAACAGAAGCAGAGCAGCUCCGAGCAGAAAACAGGCACGUAUUCACCGAUUAUCGAUCAGAAAUGACGAAAGUGAAGAAGGAGAAGCCCUCUGCGGAGGAGGAGGAGACGGCGGGAGCAGGAGUGCUGGACAAAUCCAUGGACAGAUCCUACCACGAGCUCAUCACGCACCUCAACCCCAUCGCGCAGCCGCUGGCCUCCAAGAAGCUCAGCAAGAAGCUCUACAAAUGCGUCAAAAAAGCUUCUAAAGUGAAGAACAUCCGGCGGGGAGUCAAAGAGGUUCAGAAGUUCAUCAAUAAAGGAGAGAAAGGCAUCGUGGUGAUGGCGGGCGACACGCUGCCCAUCGACGUGUACUGUCACAUCCCGGUCAUGUGUGAGGACAGAAGCCUGCCGUACGCCUACAUCCCCUCCAAAGUGGAUCUGGGCUCAUCUGCCGGCUCCAAGCGGCCGACCUGCGUGAUCCUGAUCAAGCCUCACGAGGACUACCAGGAGGCCUACGACGAGUGUCUGGAAGAGGUGUCCAGCCUGCCCAAACCGCUCUGAGCCAAUCAGGGAGAAGCUCCACCCACAGAACUCCUGGGAUUGAAACAGCGGAAAAGCUUCACAUGAACUCUUUUAUGAAACACCAGAGAAGGAUAUUUUUCUAGUGAUUUAUCAGCUGAUCAGGACUCACUGAAACCUUUUUCACUCUUGUUUUUAUUUGGAAGUUUGUGACUUUUCUUUAUUUUUCUAAACUUGUUAACUCGAUGUGUCUAAUGACGUUUUCUCUAAUGAAGCUCCGGAUCCGUUCGCAGUUAAAUUAGACUGUAUUACAUCAGAUUGUUGUUUUUUUGCAGACAUCUAGUAUUUGUUUCUGUUCCUGAUCACAUCCAGAAAAAUGAAUCUUGGAAGUUGGAAAACAUGCAUCUCGUCAUAUGAUUGAUGUAUAUUUUUAUGUAACUCAUUGGGUUAAAAUUACAUAAAGAGCACCGAUGUGUACAUAA